AUGGGUACCAACGAAUGUUGGUCAUCUAUUGAGGCGAUUAUAAGACAACGUUUAGAUUUGAAUGAAAUUGAUCGACGUUAUUGUGCUGUAUGCGGUCGACAAGGUCCAUCAUUGUCGCGUUGCUUCGGGUGUCAGAUGGUUUAUUAUUGUGGUGAGGAACAUCAAGCUGAAGAUUGGUCCAAAGAACAUGCUCAAAAAUGUACACAAUUAGAGUGGGUUGCUUUAGGAGAAUUUAUUCAAGCUCUACCGGCUCAACCACCCUUACCAAAUAUUGGUGAUAAAUGGCAAAUAUCAUUAAAAGAAAUAAAUAAUUGGAAAAGUUGGUUUUCAAUACGAACAAAUAUUGUGCAUUUAGCUAAUAAUACAGCAAAUGUUUUGAAAACUCUUCUACAUCUAACUGAUAAACGGCAGCCAACCGAUCAAAAUGCAGUCGACGGUCUUCUUGCGGCGGUAACUGAUCUUUUAACAAACGUUCUCACGAUUGGCAAGGCUAUUGUUUCCUUUGGCCUUCAACCAAACAUCCGCCCUCUUGUUAUUCAUAUCCUUAGUGGUUUUAACAAAAUUGAUCUUGUCGAUCGCAACCAAUCGUCGUCAAAUUUACCCGUUCGUUUUCAUGAACUCCUCAAUAUGUUUCCCGAUAACAAAGGUGUUGAACUAGUUAUUGUGAUUGGUGAUGACGAUCAAGACGACACAGACUAUUCAUCUUUACCACAUGCAAAACUCAAACCCGAUAGAUUGAUUAUAACCACUACCGGUAAAGGUCGCCUUCUUGACACAUUUGAAGAAAAGCGUCUACAACGGCCAGUUGCUGAUCUGAUUGUUUAUUUGAAUGCUGUACACCUUUUUUUGCCAUCGAAUAAAGAAGAAUUAAAAUCUAUGCUCACUAAACAACGUCCAACGUUAUUAACAUUUGAGGAUCAGGAAGAAUUUUAUCAAGCACAAAGAUGUUUAUCAACCAAAGGUGCGAAUAUUCACCAAGCAGGACUUAAUCAAUUUAGCUCAUUGAUUAUUCGACAACGUUCAAAUAAACCAAAUUCAACCUAUUCCAAAAAUUCAUAUCAAAUACUAUUGAAUACAAUAGCUAUUAAUAAUAGUGCUGGAAGAAAUGAUGAAAAUGCAUCACUAUUGUCUCGUCAACGUUCUCAUCAAUCUUCCAUUGGCAUUCAACAUGAUCAUUCACACCAUCAUCAUCAUCAGCAACAACAACAACAACAACAACAAAAAUACGAACAACCGCAACAGCUCAAUCCCGGCUUGAAACAGGUCAAUGGUAAAAUACAUAUUGAAUCUCUUUCGUCGUCGUCGUCAGUGUCACAUAAUACGCAAGCAAAUAACAAUGGGAUACUGCUAGACACAAACGUUCACAUAGGUUCGACCGCGAACACGGCUACUACCACCAAUACUGUUCAACCAAUGGUACGAUCAAAUAAUAAUAAUAAUAAUAUACGUCAGCCUACUGUAGUACAACGACGGCAUCACUCUCCACCUUCAUCAACGUCGCUGGCUAUUAAUUCGACGACACCACAUCGUACACACAAUACGACCGCUGCUGAGAUGAUGAUUACUACUGAAAUAACUAGAAAUAAUCUUAGACCACAACCAAAACCACGUUUAUCUCUCGCCAAACCAUCGGAUAAAGAUAUAGAUAUAACAAAAUCAGAAAUCAAUGGCAGUCUUGUUCAACGUUUUAAACCAUUUUUUGAACAGACCUCACAAGAAUCGAACGUUAUUAAACAACAUCGUCAGUCGAUUACAAUCCCUUAUACAUACAAGAAAGGAAGUAGUACAAAAGCAACAUGUCUGGAUGAUAUUAUUUCAUCUAAAAAUGCAUAUCAUGCACCAAUACCGCCCCCAGUAGAAAUGCCUAUCAACGGUCGAACUGUAACAAAUAAUCCAAUUAUCUCUUCGCUAUCUACUGUUGAAACAACACACGUGGAACGCGUACCAAUAGCAAAUGCAACUAAUACUGCAACAAUUUCGAAGCCAACGAUUGAACAACGUACUGAGGAACGAACGAUAAAAGUUACUACGAACAGUGUUUCUUCAUCGUUGACAAUGCCAAUUGAAAUUCAUCGUGAUCAACGAGCUGUAAUAAAUGGAAAAAGUACUAAUGCUUCAGCUUCUUCUUCAUCAUCAUCAUCGUCGUCGUCGUCGUCGAGCGAAAAUCGUUCUGACGAACGAAUUGUUAAACCGACUACUGUUAAUACUUUUUCAAUGCGACCACAGCCAACUGUAACAACAAAUAAUCAAUUAACUAUAAAACCUAGUACGAAAUCAAUUUCACCUCCACAUCCACCACCUCCGUCACGACCACCACUACCUACACAACCACCUUCAUCUACUACUAAUGAUGAAGUAAUCUAUACUGAAGUAAUUAAAAACCGUGAACGAACUUUAUCCACUCAUGAUAAUGAUCUCGUUCAAUCUCCGAUAAGUCCGUCACGUUCAUUUAUUAUUCCAUCAACUAAAUCACCAAGUGUAUCCAUAAAGACUUCAUCAUUUAAUCUUCAACGACCAUCUCGAUCUCAAACUACGGGAAACGUUUUUGCACACACAAAUAAACCAAAACCUAUUCCAUCGGCCAUGACAUCAGAUCGAAUUAGUCUUUAUUCACAACGAAGUACUAAACAAUCUGAUCAGGGUUUUACAAUUAAAAAUCUAUCGGAAUGUAUUGACCGAGUUGGUGUUGUAUUCGACGAAACAAAUCGCCGAAAUGAUGUACCAAACACUGGCUUGACAACAGUUGAUCUUAUUCGUGAACAACUAACAAAUGCAUCAACAUCAAAAACUACUGAAUCUUUACUAGAUAAAUUGUAUAAAUCGAACAGUAGUACUCGUUUAUCAACAUCAUCAUCAUCACGAACACCAAUGUCUAUAGCUACGCCACGGUCGAAAUCUCAACAAGCGACAAAAACUCAAAAUGAACAACCUUCAACAUUGAAAAUGCAAGCACCAGCACCACCAUCAACAACAACACAAACACCAUUGGUAUCAUCUUCAAACCGACGACCUAAUGGCAUCUGUCUACCUUCUACAGCAAAACUAUCUCAUGAACCUGAAUCAAUAGUUUCGCCAAGAUCUCAACAAUCGCCGAUUCAACUCUAUCAAAAUCUUGAGCCACAGAGUACAAAUUUAUCAACUCAAAUUGUUAAUUAUACACUUAAGAAACCUUCUGGUCCAAUCUGUAUUGGUAUACCGAAACCAUUUCGAAAACCAACAGCUAUUAUUGAACCAUCACCUGUCAUAACAUCACCAAUAGUAAAUAAUUCCGAACCAAACUACAUAAAUCUAACACAUCAAGAUGAACAUAUAUAUACAAAUGAAAAUAGUACCGGAGUGGCCGGUAGUAGUAAUUCAAAUUCUUAUACAAGUAAAACAUCAAGUAUUUAUUCAACAUCAGACAAACAAAAUUCCACAGUCAACCCUGAAAUUCAUUAUGCAAUAUCUCAAAUACCAUCUUCACAGCAAGAUCAAUCCGUGGAAUACGAUUCAUUUGAUGAUGAAUUAGUUAUAGAUGAUAUAGCUAAAAUUGAAAAAUCAUUUAAUUUAAAUGAUAACACAGAUGAUGAUUCAUUCGACGAUGAUGAAAAUCACAUACCAAAUCCAUCAGUACCAUCGAAAAAUUCAUCGAAAAAUUUCUUCCGUUCAACUCUAAAUCGUUUGACACGAUCAAAUAAAUCGUUAGAUCGUCUUAAUACUGAAUCUAUCACAAAUGAUGCUACACAAGAAUUAAAUCCAUCAAACGCAAUUGAUACAAAAACGAAAAAAACCCUUCGUAGUAUCAAAGCUCGACAUGAAGCAAAAAAAACUGGUAAUCUUUUAACAACAUAUACAGCUGGUGAUGACGAUACAACAUCAAUUGAUUCUAAUUGUUCAACACAAACAGCAACAAGUUUAAGUAAAUCAUCAAACAAAAUGUUGCAUCAUCGUUUUCGUUUAUUUCGUCGUAAAGUUGAAAAAGAAUUUGCUAGUGAUACAGAAGCAGAAAAACAUCAAACAGAACAACGAAGAAAAAAAUGGAAUAAAAAAAUGAUCAACACUGCAGCUAGCGAAUUAAAAGCCAAACGUUUACUAAUGAUGAGUGAUGAGGAUGAUGAUGACGAUCAUCGUCACCACCACCAUCAAAAGAAUUAUUCACUCUCAAAUAAACAAAUCAAAGAAAAUGUUAUUCACGAUGAACCACAUAUAUAUGAUCGUAUUAUUCAUGAUGAUAAUAAUAAUAAUCAUAGUCUAUCUCGUAUGGGCAAAUUAUCACAUGAAACACAUUUUAAAUCUCCAACAAUAACUCUUGAUGAAAUCCGUUCGGAAAUUCAAGCUGAAAUAGCAGCGAGACAAGAUAUACAAAUAAAUAAUCAAUCAGUAAUAUCAUCAAAUUUUAAUUUACAAAAGAAACGUUCGAAAUCCGUUACAUUUCUUGAUGAACUACUAGGUGAUGAUCCUAAACAACAGAAAGUAAAUGUGAUAACAAAAAAUGACUUACAAAUGAAAGCAUCGACAGCAGCAAAACGUAUUGAAAAAGGCGAUGCAAGAUCUAUAUGUGGAGCACUGACAGGUACAGGACCGAUUCGAGGUAUUAUUAAAGCAGCUAAUAAUGAUAUUACUGGAACGACGGCUCCCGUUUCACCAUCUGCUGCAGCGGCUAUUUAUUUAAGUGGAACACCUAUGGAUACACGAUGUACAUCACCAAAACCCAUUGAACGUACACAUCGACCUCUUUCUACGUAUACCGUCGGUUCAGCUCGUUUCUAUGAUGGCGCAGCUGCCGUACCUGCAACUCUUGCACCACCACCGCCACCGCCGCCGUCAAUGCCACCACAACAACCUAUUACAACACACUCAUCAAAUUCCAAUAGCAACAAUACGACACCCAAUCAUCGACCCAUAUUAAAUAAUCUUUCUCAUCCUUCGUCAACAUCGAAUAAUGUUCAUCAUAAACGACCAACAGCAAAAGUUAGUCCAUUUCAAACUAAAUCUCCUAACGAGACAAUAUCACCUAUAUCUACAAGUAAACAAACAGCUUUCUCAUCAGUACCGAAAAAACCUAUUCGACCAUCGACAAAUCGCAAUAUGCAAGUAUCACAAGAUGUACCUAAUGUAGCUAUAUCGUCGAUUAGCGAUGGUGUUGGUGGUGUAUCGAAACGGCUACAGUCGAAUUUUUAG